AGGAAGUGCGGUUACGCCUCUGGAUGUCCAUAGACGAGACGAGGAGGGAAGAAAAUGCUAGAAAGGACCACGGAUAAGGCAACGCUAAAUAAACACGCGACAGUGUCCUAAAGACAGCGCACAAAUCUACAUUUGACCAGUACGGGGAAACGGGUUUGGUUGUGAUCGAUUGGGGAAACGAGAGAAAUUGACCCGAUCACUGUGACGCACGGUCCUCACCUAUAAUAUCAGACAAUACAAGAUCGCAUUCCAAGACCCAUCUAACUUACAAACGCAAAUAUGAACACUCACGAUUCGGAGGUGUACACGGUGGCGCCGGAGAUGCCGGCGAUGUUUGACGGCAUGAAGUUGGCGGCGGUGGCCACCGUUCUCUACGUCAUCGUUCGGUGUCUAAACUUGAAAAGUCCCACAGCUCCACCAGACCUCACUUACCAGGAUACAGCACUCAACCACUUCCUGCUCAAGUCCUGUCCUAUUCUGACCAAAGAGUACAUUCCUCCUCUUCUGUGGGGUAAAAGCGGUCAUCUGCAGACAGCCCUCUAUGGAAAGCUGGGUCGGGUCAGUUCACCACACCCGUUCGGCCUGCGCAAAUAUCUGCCCAUGCAGGAUGGAGCCACGGCAACUUUUGACCUCUUUGAACCGCUGGCGGAUCAUCAGACCGGAGAGGACGUCACCAUGGUCAUCUGUCCAGGCAUUGGGAACCACAGUGAAAAGCACUAUAUCCGCACGUUUGUGGACCAUUCGCAGAAACAGGGCUACCGCUGUGCUGUGCUCAAUCACCUCGGGGCCUUGCCGAACAUUGAGCUUACCUCUCCUCGCAUGUUCACCUAUGGUUGUACGUGGGAGUUUGCAGCAAUGGUGGGCUUCAUCAAAAAGACAUAUCCCCAGAGCAAACUUAUUGUCGUGGGCUUCAGUCUGGGGGGAAAUAUCGUGUGCAAGUUCCUCGGAGAGAACCGAACCAACCAGGAGCGUGUUCUGUGUUGUGUGAGCGUGUGCCAGGGCUACAGUGCACUAAGGGCUCAGGAGACGUUUCUGCAGUGGGACCAGUGCCGUCGUUUCUAUAACUUCCUGAUGGCCGACAACAUGAAGAAGAUCAUUUUGUCCCACAGGGGCGUGUUAUUCGGAGUUGGCUCAACUAAAAUGGUGGAUGCGGAUCUGAGCCGGCUCUACACUGCCACAUCUCUCAUGCAGAUCGAUGACAAUAUCAUGAGAAAAUUCCAUGGGCACAACUCUCUGAAGGAGUACUACGAGAAGGAGAGCUGUGUUCAUUACAUUCAUAAUAUAAAUGUGCCUCUGCUGCUGGUGAACUCUGGUGACGAUCCGCUUGUGCACGACUCACUGCUCACCAUUCCUCGCACACUCGCAGAAAAGAAAGAAAACGUGAUCUUCGCUCUGACGCUGCACGGUGGGCACCUGGGUUUCUUCGAGGGCGCUGUACUGUUCCCUCAGCCCCUCACCUGGAUGGACAAGGUCAUCGUGGGCUAUGCCAAUGCCAUCUGCCAGUGGGAGAAACAGAAACCACCGUGCAAAAGUCAAGGCGCCCAUUCCAUCGAAACCAAAUGCCAAGACAGUAAAUCCUAACUGCUCCCGUCUCUGUUUCACCUCCACGGGACAUUUUCACCGUGCACACAAGGGGUCGGACCACCAUCUUCAAGCGUUCACUGUCAACCGGGAUAUUUAUUUCUCUUUUUAUCACGGUUUAUCAACAUGAAUCGUAAUGACUUUCCACAGGAAAAAACAAUGCCACUCGAUGACCAAAAAAAACUAUCAAAUAACCUGUGUAGCGAGGGCGGCGUUUUCCAUUUUCUGUAGUUUGUAGUUAUUUCGAGACAACCAGUAUCUAUUGCGCUCUAAUUAGGACACUGAAAUCUGAAAGUUUAUCGCUAUGCUAAACAGGAUCUAGCAGAUCUUGGUGAAUCUCACAAAAAUAAAAAAGUCAAAAAGUAGUUUUUGUAUAAUAUUGUGCAUAAAUUAAACGAAGCAUACUUUUAUUUAUUAGACAAUUAAAAUAUUCAGCAUUUUAAUUCAAAUGUAAGCACAUUUCUUCCUAUUGUUGUUUUUGUUUAAGGCAAUUGUUUUGGUAAAGUUCUGUUAUUUUCUUUUAUUUCAGUGGUGAGCCUCUGGCUUUUUCUGUGUUGCACUAAUAAAUCAUCAUUAAUGAAAGGCAGUGCAACAAAUAACACAUUUAUUAUAAUUAAACAAUAAAUCAUUUUCACAUUGUUAUUUUAGGAUAAUGAGAAUUGCCCGAUUGUCUCAAUGCACAAAUAUAAUAACCUUAAUUUCCUUCAGCUAAAAAAUGCCCCUUCUUUAAUUGGUUUUGGGACGUUGAUGUUCUUGACUGGUUUUGUGAGAUUCACCCAGCUGGCUUAUUAAAACGACACACAAACCUUACUGUACAUAACACUUGAGUUUAUGGGUAGUGAGAGUUAUGCAGGCACUAUGUGCUUAUUGAUACGACCGGCGCGCUGUUUGAGUGAAUAUUGUCAUUUGAUAUUUGAAUUUUUGUUCUGGUAACCAUUUAAGCACAGGCUAGCAUUCAUGUCACUCAUAUUUUAAAACUAACUAAACCUUGUCAAGUAUACCAUAGUGUGAAACUUCAUUAUUCAUGAAGCCUUGUCGGUUGAAUCCAAGUCACAUUCCUAGACGAUGCAUUUUUGUUAAGCACUUUUAUAUGACAUCUGCCAUUCGAUCUGAGACUAGCCAACAACGUUAAAUCUAGGAAUGAGAAAGGACAACAAGAGGGGGACAGGAAGCCUUGAAUGAACUCCAUGAUCCCUUGUGAUUACCAAAACGUCCCACAAGCACUACGACCCAGUUUUAGAUGGCCAAUCCCAUUCCGCUGAAGAGCAGCACACGCUGUUGCUGCAGUAUUGACUGGUGUUUGUGGAGAACCGUUGAAGUUGGUAGAUCUCUAGAUUGUGUAACGUGUUGAUUCGGGACCCAGUGGGACUUCAUGGGGCACGUCUGUGAAAACUGGUUACUUAAAAGGAUUUGUGCUGUAGUAUCCUUUUAGUUUUUUUUCCUGUAUGUUGUUUGUUAAUUUUGCUGUUUUGUGCAAUUACUUGAUGCGUUUACGUUUCUUUAGAAUCAAGACUUGUCUGAAAUGGGACUGAUCUUGUUACCCAUUAAAAUAAUCUAAUGCAGAAGGGAAAAUAUAUCAGUUGAAAUUUGAAGGGAACAAAGGCUCGUGGGGACUCUAAAAGACGUUAACGCAGCACUUUAGUGCAGUUAGACUUGCUUUGUUUCAGGGAAGCUGUCAUACAUGUAAAUCUCACAAAAUGGCUCUGUAAUAUUUCUCUGCCAUGUUUUGUGAUUCUGUAAUCUUUAAUGAUUUAUUAUCAUGCUGCAGCUGUGAAAGAAAGUGUAUUUGAGUUUCCAAGAAAAAAAAAUUUAAAUCUGAAAAAGCCACUCGAUGACCAAAAAACAAUCAAAUAAUCUACUGUAUGAAACAUCAAGUAUACAUGACAGUUGAGUAAAUAUUGUCACUGGUUGCCGAAAACUGUCAUGUGUUGUGAACUAUGUGCAUUUAUAACAUGCAUAAUUGCCUUCAUUAUUAGUGUUUAGCUGUCAAUAUUGAUGAAAGUAAAAAUGUCCGUGUUACAAGUGUCAAGACGCCCCCUGUGGGUUAUGAGGUGAAAAAGCACUGAAGUAAAUGUUAACUUUCACACUCAACUGGAACGGUUUAUAAAAUCCCAUCCAGAUAUCUAGUAUUUGUUGGCUGUUAGAAAGAGAGUUUUCCUCCCCUCUGUUUGGUUUGGUUCUGGUUUGUAAGUCUUCGUAUUCAGUGAAGCUGUUCUUGUCUUAUUUCUUGAAUCUUUUGAAAACAGCAAAACGGUGUUGUAAACGUGAGUGUGAAAGCUCCUGGUUGGGUGUCAGUGUUUGGCUGUUUCUGGCGAUCGGAUCUAUUUGGCCUUUUGCACCAGCACAAAUUUAAUCUUUGCUGAAAGUUGAUCAAGUUUGCCUCCCACUUACUUUUUGCACAGAAAACAUGGGCUCAUGUUGUACAUCUUCUACAGACAUUAACCAAAAUUCAGUUUGUUUUUGUGCUUUACAUUAAUUUCAAUGUUAUUUUUGUUCUCUUAUGUACAGAAGUAUGAUUGUAAAUGGGUGUAUGUGGUAAUGUUUGCAUCAUAUCACCAAAUCUGCUUAUGAAAACUACCAACUAACUUGUUUUGGCAGGUAAAA